UGAAAUAAAUAUUUCUUUUGUUUGCCAGUGUAUAGAGAUAUUUUACCGGUUGGCUAUAAAUUUCUUUCUUCCUCUUUGCAUUAGGUGAUGUUAGCACAACUAAAAAACUAAAAGCGGCGGUAACUGUGUAAAGUGGUGUAAAGGGUGUAAAGUAAGAAAGCGUGUGAGACGUCGUAUCUAACUUCCAGUAUUAUAAAUUAGUUUUUGAUACAAUUAAGUACAAAUAUUUAAUCUCUUUAUAGUUUUUCUUAUAUAAAAGAAAUGGAGGGAAACAAAGAAAAGAUUGGUAAAGGAAGAGGGGCUCUCCUUUUAAAAUUAAUAAAGGAGAAGGACAAAGCUGAAAAGGAAAGUGCAGCACAAUCUACAUUAAGCACUUCUGGCAUACAUAGUCAAACACAAUCUACGUCAGCAACUAUUCCUACUGUGAUACCUAGCCAAACACAAUCUGCUGUUCCAUCCACUGUUGGAAGACAGAUGAUCUCAGCAAGUUCUUCUACAGUGGGCUGUGACAGAAGUAGUUUAUUAAAUGUAAUAAAAGGAAUGAGAUCUACAGAAGCACCAAGCUCUAAACCAGCUCCACCAAAUAUAGGCAGAGGAUCCUUAUUAAGCCGAAUUAGAACCACUGCGGUUGUUGAACAGCCUCAACAGUCAAAAGUUUCUGGACCACCUCCUACUGAUGAGGGUGUAAUAGGUAAAUUAUCUGACAUUAAAUUGCACGAGAGUACAAGUAGUUCUGAACCAUCAUAUCCAAAACCUCAACCGAUUUCUCGACAGGGAACAGGUGGAAAACCGAUACAACUAAGUGGCAACUAUAUAAAUCUCAAGUUAAAUCCAGAAAAAGGACUGUUUAACUACGAAGUUAAAUUUAAUCCCGACAUAGAUUCAAGACCACUUCGCCGAAAACUUCUUAAUCAACAUUUACAAGCGCUUGGACGAACAAAAGUGUUUGAUGGAGUUACACUGUAUUUACCUCAGAAGUUAAAACAGGAUACAACUACUUUUGAAUCUAUACAUCCGGUGGAUGGGUCGAAAGUAAUGUUAACAAUGAUAUACAAAAAAAAGCAAAGUAUGUCAGAAAACAUUUCAUUCUUCAAUGUUUUACUUGGCCGUGUUAUGCGAGCCCUUAGUUUAGUUCGCAUUGGCCAACAUAGCUUCAACCCAAAGGGAAUACAUUCUGUGCCACAACAUAAAUUAGAAGUCUGGCCCGGUUAUGUCACAGCCAUCAAUGAAUAUGAGGGUGGUUUAAAAUUAUGUAUAGAUGCACGUCAUCGUGUUAUGCGUACGGAAACAGUACGUGACAUGAUGAUUACACUUGGAAACAAACCAAAUUUUAAGGAUGCUAUUACAAGGGAAUUAAUUGGUCUGUCUGUCUUUACAAGAUACAAUAAUAAAACUUACCGUGUCGAUGAUAUAGCGUGGGAUAAGAACCCAACGUACACGUUUGAUAAGGGAGACAAUAAAAUAACAUUGAUAAAUUAUUAUAAAUAUCAUUGGAAUUUAGAAAUAAAGGAUACAAAGCAGCCGCUUUUGGUUCACAAUGGUAAAACUAAAUUACCUACGGGUGAAACACGAGAACAAUUGAUAUUGUUGGUUCCUGAAUUAUGUCAUACAGCAAGUUUGAGCGAUAGUAUUCGUUCAGAUUUUAGAGUAAUGAAAGAUCUUGAUGCGUUAACUAAAAUGACUCCUAAUGCUCGACGCGAUGUAUUUAGACAUUUUGUGCAAGAAAUACAAAAUAACGAUAUACCGCGGGAGAUUUUAGCUGAAUGGGGGUUGCAAUUAGAACCUGAUUUAGCAGAAUUUAAAGGUAGAGUUUUUGAACCCGAGACUAUUAAGUUCGGUAAAGACUGCAAGUAUUGGUCCGAUACGAAACCAGCGGAAUGGAGUUCUGCAGCGUGUAGAAAUCCUUUACUGAGGACUCUUAAUUUAAAUAGUUGGUUCGUCUUGCAUUGUCAAAGAGAUUCAAAAUGUGCACUGGAGUUUGUUCAAAUGUUGAAAAAUGUUACUAAAGUCAUGGGCAUAUGUGUUAGAGAACCACAACUAAUCUCUCUGAGAGAUGACAGAAUUGAAACGUUUUUACAAGCAUUGCGAAGUAACAUACGAGAACAUGUCAACUUGAUGGUUAUCGUACUUCCAAGUAAUCGAACCGAUAGGUAUUCUGCAAUAAAAAGAGUGUGCUGCGUCGAAAUGCCUGUACCUUCCCAAGUAAUAAUAUCCCGAACUAUUUCUCGGGCAGACAAAUUAAAAAGCAUAACAGAAAAAAUUGCGCUACAAAUUAAUUGUAAACUAGGUGGAGCACUUUGGGCAUUGGCCAUACCAAUGGAUAAUUGCAUGAUAUGUGGGAUAGAUGUGUAUCAUGCAGGCAUUGGCCAGUCAACAAAAGGUAGCGUUGCGGGUUUUGUAGCAAGUCUAGACAAAUUAUUAACAACUUGGCACAGUAAAAUUUGUCUACAAGGUCAACAUCAAGAAUUAAUAGAUAUGCUGCAAAUCUGCAUGAUUUCGGCACUAAAAGCUUACCACAAACAUAACCAACAUUAUCCAGAUCGCAUUAUUGUAUAUCGCGAUGGUGUUGGAGAUGGUCAAAUAGAAACAGUUUCCAAAUACGAAGUAAAACAAUUGUUGGCUAUAUUGAAAAAUAUAGAACCGAAUUACCAGCCAACGUUAACUGUUAUAAUAGUUCAAAAACGCAUUACUACGCGAUUAUUUGCAAAAUUGCCAGUGGGAUUGGAAAAUCCUCCACCAGGAACAGUCGUAGAUUCCUAUAUAACGAAACCUUAUCUCUACGAUUUUUAUUUGGUCUCUCAAAACAUACGCCAGGGUACAGUGUCACCGACACAUUAUAUCGUUGCUUACGACAAUAAAAAUAUGAAAGCAGAACAUCUACAACGAUUAACGUACAAGCUGUGCCACUUAUAUUACAAUUGGCCGGGUACCAUAAAAGUUCCUGCUCCAUGUCAGUAUGCACACAAAUUAGUAUCUCUUGUUGGACAAAACAUACAGUUGGAACCGCAUCAAUCGCUUUCUAAUAUACUCUAUUACUUGUAAGUUAUUUCAAUCUAUGACUGACUUAUCUUUCUAAAAUAUUGACUGUAUUUAGAUGUAAGUAUGUAUAGUUAUCUAUACCGACGUAAGAUUUUCAUAAUUCACUUUUUUAUAGUUUCGAAAAGUAUUAUAAGUAAAUAGACAAAGUUACAUUCUUUUUGUAAGAUGUAAGUGAAGCAAUUUUUAAGUUCAUACUACAUAAUUAUGUAUAAGUAAAUUUUUUGUUCUUUGAAAAAAAAAUAAAUACUUAUAUUUUUUCAUAAA